AAGUGAGAGGGAAAGGCAAAAGACUGGCCCUUUAAUCAUUGAGGCCCUUUGACAAAUUGGUGUCUUCAUAUACAUAUAUACAUGGAUUAUGUUACAUCCACCAAUAUCUCACUUGACCAAAUGGAUGAGCUGUUCCAGUUCUCCAGCUCCUUGCCCUACCAAGAACAGCCCCAAGUAGCUGAUGAGCUUGAGGAAAUCCUUUUCGCUCCUUCCCCGCCCGACUGGAACAUUCCUGCCGUGGAAGACAUCCUUGGUGGGCCGCCUUCUGUUGAACCACUAGCCGCCCCUCUUGGUGGCACCUCUGCGGAGCCAAAGCGUCCCGAGAGUAGCAAGAAGAGGAAGACCGUCCACAGGGACGUCGAGAGGCAAAGGCGGCAGGAAAUGGCCUCUCUCUAUGGGUCACUUCGAUCCCAUCUCCCAGUUGAGAUACUUAAGGGGAAGAGGUCCAUAUCCGAUCACAUUUACCAGGCAAUUGGCUACAUUAAGAAUCUUCAGAGAAAGAUCCAAGUACUGAGUGACAAGAGAGAUGAGAUGAAGAGAGUGUCUGAUUCAAAAAAGAUCGACGAUCCUAAGACCAAUAAAGAGGAAAGUCCUCGACCCCGUGGUCAUCAGGACGUUGUGACUAUCGAACCUUGCAUUGGAGGGAUAGAAAUUACAAUAAGCACAGACUUGAAACAAGGGGUUGCUCUCUCGAAAGUGCUCGGUUUCUUGAUUCGAGAAGGGAUGACUCUAAUUAGCUGCGCAUCGACUGUAGUAAAUGAGAGGCUACUUCACUCCAUCAAGUCCGAGGUUAUAGGUGAUGACGGGAGCGAAAUUGAAAACUUGUCUGCGCUAAGGGAAAAGUUGAUGAACUUAUCGCGUUAGCUCCAAAACCUUUAAUUUCUUAGUUUGCAUUGGUUCUUCAGUUUUGCUGAUCAUUUACGUGAGAGUUUUUGUUGUAUAAUGUUGCAUUUCAUAUGUCAUACGUUACGUGCAUUUCUGUAAAUCAAUUGUUCGGUACUUUUCCUUGAUCGAGUUGUAACACUGCACAAUUUGUCCAAGGACUUUAGAAUGAGUUCCAGAUAAAUUAAACUCGUAGGCUUGUAGCCCAUUCUUCGUUUACAUCAGAUUGUCCCAUGUAGAGUGCUUUAUGCAUGUCAUUCCAGCUCAAGAACAUCUGCACAUAUGUAAUAUCUAAUGAGGGAUCAUUUUGAUCUCGAAUUGAUAGUAUUAUUCAUAUGAAUUAAUAUUGAGCGUUCAUAUAUUGCGUU